AUCUGCACCCUGUAGAACCGAAUUUGUGUGACAUUCGGACAGUCGCAAAUUCGCAUCUACGGGACUACAUGGGCGAUUUCUAACCCCGAUCUGCUACCAUACAGUGCACAGUGUUUAUAUUUAAACCAUAAUGAAUCAUAUAGUGUGUGUGUGUGUGUGUGUGUGUGUGUGUGUGUGUGUGUGUGUUGGGGGGUGGAUAUAGCUGUAGAUGUGUGUAAAUGAUAUCCCAUUUUGGACGUGAUUGCAGAAUGGGGUGUGUGUGUGUGUGUGGGGGGGGGGUGAUUGCUGUUUCAGUAACUUUCCUGACGACUGUUAAUAAUAAUAAUAAUAAUAAUAAUAAUAAUAAUAAUAAUAAUAAUAAUAAUAGGCUAAUAUAAAUACAAAUAAUGAUCAUGAAAAUAAAAAAAGUUAACACUGUUCACAGAGCACCACGUAAACUGAUCAACACUGAUUUCAAUAAAAGAAAAAAAAAUUUUGCACAACAAUCAUCAGCCGUCGUUGUUGUUGUCUAUUGAUUUAAAGAAUGGCAACAUUCUGGUAAUGGGAGAUAACCCUAGAGAUUUAUUUAUUUAGCUUAUUAGACAAAAACGCAAUAAUUCCCAGGUUGGCUGAACACCUCCACUUUUUAUCUGCAGGAUGUUUGUGUGUAUUUAUAAAAUGCUACCUGAUCCAUAAGAAUUUAAACAGGCCAUGACAGAGGCUGAUAAUUUCUUUCGCAGAUUAAGCAGAUUUUAAAAAAAAUACAAAAAGAAAUCAUUAGUAGAUUAUACAGUAUAUGUAGUUUACAAUAUCAUAAAUACCAAGUGACUGUUUUAAUUCUUGCAGACCAGAUCUGAGAACCUGCUUUAAAAACGCAACCAGAAAUAUUACAAAUAGAAAUCAGACUGCGGCCAGGAUCACAGAGAUGCUUAUCCAAAUAAACUUUUUUCCCCCUUUUUUCAUAAUAUUUGAGUGGGUUUGGAUGUUGCCAAGAUAAUCUUGGCUUCCUCAUCCGGGUAUUCUGACCCCAGUGGCGGCUAUUGGCCUGAGCCGAGUCUCGUGAUCAAAGAAACUUUGCAGGCUCCGCUUGGUGCUGGGAGGGGUGGGCUUUUAUAGAGCAGUAAAACGACACAAAGAGGGAAAAUUUAUUUCUUCCCCCUCCCUAAAUUAAUGAUCAUGAGCUCGUAUUUGAUGAACUCGAACUACAUCGAUCCUAAAUUUCCUCCGUGCGAAGAAUAUUCGCAAAAUGACUACAUCAGUGCUGAAUGUUACAGACGCGCCCGGGACGCCGACUACCAGCAGGAGUUGUUAUAUCCUCAAAGUGUCACCUACCAGGAGGGCAAAUAUGAGUGUGAAAGCAUUCCCGAGCACGGGGGGCACUUACACGGGGCAAAAACAUACACACCUCCGACUGCUGCCCCUGCCACCCAGACAACUGCCCCUGAACUGCCCUCCGACAGCAAAGAGCCCGUGGUGUAUCCCUGGAUGAGGAAAAUCCACUCCAGUGCAGCGAACUCGUAUGGUUCGGAGCCCAAGCGCUCCCGCACGGCUUACACCCGCCAGCAGAUCCUGGAGCUGGAGAAGGAGUUUCACUACAGCAGAUAUUUAACCAGGAGGAGAAGAAUCGAGAUCGCCAACACGCUGUGUCUGAAUGAGAGGCAGAUCAAAAUCUGGUUUCAGAACCGCAGGAUGAAAUGGAAGAAAGAUCACAGGUUACCAAACACCAAGGUCCGACCUUCAUCCUCCUCUUCUUCCUCCUCCUCAUCAUCCUCAAGCAGCAGCGGAGCGCGAGACCAGGACAUCACAAAAAUUUAGGCUACACAGACAUUUCAUGGACAUCAGUAGCAGUACAAAACAUCAUCAUCAUCUUUUAAGUAUUAUUUAUUUAAGCAUAUUUAUUUUUAUUUAAAAUUAAAAGUCAUUAAAUAUAGCCAUGCUGUAUAGUAAGUAUUUAUUUCCUAUUUUCUUUACAGUAAUACUUGAACAGGACAUAUUCUGUCCACAUCCGGUUGCCAGCUUGCACACUGUUACAUAUUUAUACAAUUAAGUUAAUUAAUCUGUUAUUUAUUUUAUUACUAUUUAACUUUUUUUCUUAAAUGUAAUAAAUCUAAAAUACUUUAUCCUGUUAUAAUAUGGAGCGCUUACAGAAUGAAAAAGAAAAAAAAACAACGUAGGCUUUUUAUUUGUUUGUUUGUUUGUUUGUUUGUUUUUGUGCUUUGCGCUGUAUAUUAGAUGGUGAUUUUUAAUUUGUAGAAAUGAAUGUAAAAUGGACUUGGUGUUCUUCUGUGCUGUAAGUGAUUGUGGUGAAUAAAGCUGUCAGUGCAUCA